AUGUCCGGCCACUAUGACGCAGACUCGGUACCCUCAACACCAGACGAGCUGUUCGAUUCCAACCCAGUCUCUCCAACUUUUGCCGACGACUCCUCAGAAGCAAGCACACAGCUCGACCUCUCAAGCUCCUCCUCAGACGGCAUUUCACCAAUGACCUCGAGCACAUCCCCGGGGACCCCCGACGUCCUGCGCCGGGUGCCGCCUCUUGGCAAGACUGUGUCCGACCCUGAAUAUAGCAGUCGCAUGAGCCCCUCCUCAACCGUCUGCGGCACUCUGAGCAAUGCAAGGAGACCGCCCCCGAGCGCCGGCAGCUUACCGCUGGAUCUCAUGCAGAAGGCUCGGGCCCUGCAACAACAACGGAUGGGCCUGGUGAGCCGGCCAAUGCUAGCGACAACGUCUAGCGCCUCGGCCCAGAGCAUGGAACCGCAAGUGAACGGCGCAGGCUCCCCGAUCGGCAACAUGAACAUGGGAGGCGGCCUAUCCGGUGGCAUACCAGGGAACUUGAGAAUGCCGACUAACAUGGGACGGCCGCUACCGCCUGGAUUUCGCAAAUCCGCGCCCGUCGUCCCAAGCGCAGGAGUCGGGAGGAAACCGCCGAGUUUGAGCGAGAGGAGGGCCAUGAAGCUCGGCGGGCUAUCGGGCUCCGGGUCGCCCACAACAAGCGGGACGCCGAAGUUGUCAGACAUGAACGGGGACGCCGGGGGAAAUAGACCGUCAAUCAACGGGGAGGGAAGGGGAUCGAGUCUGAGCGAUUUCAAGAACUACAUCGAUGCCGAGAAGGGCUGGAUUACGUUCGAGGGCGCGGCGACGAUCACGCGGGAUGGAGUCAGUUUUAUCAACGGCCAAACCUUCUCCAUCUCGCUAAACGAGGUUGAGGUGAUGGAGGAACUUGGAAAGGGCAAUUACGGCACGGUUUACAAGGUCCGACAUAGCCGGCCCACGGCCCCUCGCUUCGGUCAGGGACUGGGCGGUGUCAAGGGGAUUUCCAGGCAGGCCUCCAUGUCCGACAAAGACGAGACUCCGGCAGACAAUUCGCCGAUUUCCCCCUCAUCAUCCGGCUCUGUCCGUGCGACCUCGGGCGUGGUCAUGGCAAUGAAGGAAAUCCGCCUUGAACUGGACGAAUCGAAGUUCACCACCAUCCUCAAGGAGCUUGUCAUUCUUCACGAGUGUGUUUCUCCGUAUAUUAUUGAUUUCUACGGAGCCUUCUUCCAAGAAGGAGCCGUAUACAUGUGUAUCGAAUACAUGGACGGGGGCAGCAUCGACAAGCUCUACAGUGGCGGCAUUCCCGAGCCCGUACUGCGGAAGAUCACGUAUGCGACCAUCAUGGGCCUGAAGUCGCUGAAAGACGACCACAACAUCAUCCACCGCGACGUGAAGCCGACGAAUAUACUGGCCAACACCAGGGGCCAGAUCAAGAUAUGCGACUUUGGUGUCUCGGGUAAUCUCGUGGCCAGCAUCGCGAAGACGAACAUCGGCUGCCAAAGUUACAUGGCUCCUGAGAGGAUCAGCGGUGGCGGCAUGUCGACGGCAGGCGGCGUCGCGAACGGCACAUACAGCGUACAGAGCGACAUCUGGAGUUUGGGGCUGACGAUCAUCGAGUGCGCUAUGGGGAAGUAUCCCUAUCCGCCCGAGGUGUCGAGUACUAUCUUCAGCCAACUGAGCGCCAUUGUCGAAGGUGAACCACCACGCCUGCCCAGCGACGACUACUCGUCAGUAGCCCAAGACUUCGUGCGGGCCUGCGUCAACAAGAUCCCCUCCAAGCGUCACACGUACCCCAUGCUGCUUACGCAUCCAUGGCUAAAGGCCCUCGCGAAACCCGAGACCAUCGACGAGGACGCCGAGGGCGAGGAGGCCGCGGCGCACGGCCACGAUCUCGCAGACGCGGCCGGGAAGCUGAACCUCGGCGGCAUCGACGGCGACGGCGUCUACGACUGGGAGGUGGCCGAGUGGGUGCGGCGCUCCCUCGAGCGGAAGAGUGCCGGCCACGCGGACCAGGGCCAGGCGAAUCAGGAGACUCUCCGCCCCGCGCUGCACGCCGCGCCCCUGGACGGCCUCAGCCCCCUCAGCAGCCAGGCGGACGGGGCCCAGAAGGACUGGUGA